CGAUUCAUAACAAUAUCAAAAUUGCAAUUCGAAGUAGCAAUCUUAUGGCUGGGAGUCACCGCCUGAGGGUCUCAGCAUUAGAAGGUUGGGAACCACUGGAAAUAGUUACAAAUCCCUAAGGGACGACUCGGCAUUCCAUAUAAAGACAAAUAGUGUCUGCAACUGCAGGUACAGGUUUGGCGUUGUCCUGCACUGCACUCCCUGACCCAGCUGGCCGGCAAGAGCCUGCUUUUGCCCUGAGGGAUUGAGGCCCAGGAAGGAAAGGGUGUCAUUUGUGGAUACCAUUCUUCCUAACCUUGUAAGCAGGAUAGGUAGUCUCUAAGAUCAACAGAGGCCUUGGCAACACUGACAACAUACUUCCAGCACCAGCCAGGAAGUAGGCCACCCGUCAGACGGGUCAGGGGCCAGAACUUCUCUCCUCGAUGGAGUAUGCGGCAGCCCCAGAUCCCAGGCCAUGGGCCCCACUUCAAGUUGCAGUGAACGCUGUUCCAGGAGCUGAGGACUGGCUGCCAAGAGUUUCUGGGCGCCCAGCCUGGGCCACCUGCCUGGAGACGGAGCAUCAGACGCAUCUGGAGCUGAGUGAGGAGCAGCGGCUGCAGAUUUCGAAGGAGCUCGUGGAUCUGCAGCUCGCCACCCAUCACCUGCGGGAACAGCAUGAGGCCGAAGUCUUUGAGCUGCGGAAGGAAGUUCUUCGACUGGAAAGUCGGGUGCUGGAGCUAGAACUGCAGGGAAGUGGUGCCUGCCAGGGACAUAGAGUCCAACCAGCGGCCAAUCUGGGGCAAUACCAGAGGACACCACUAGAGCCACCGGGAGGCCAGCAGAAGCUGCAGGAGGAACUGAAAUGGGUUCUGGAACACCACAGAGCCAGGCAGCAGGCACUGGAGACACAAGUGGCGGCCCUAAGCCAGCAGUUGCAGGGAGCCCGAGAGGAAGCCAGGACAGCUGGCCAGCAACUGGCUGCCCAGGCCAUGGUGCUGUCCUCCUGGAAGGGUCAGCUCCGGCAGGCUGAAGCUGAAAAUGCUCAGCUGCAGCUCCAGCUGAAGAAGCUGAACGAGGAGUACGCUGUCCGGCUGCAGCGCUAUGCCAGAGAGACGGUGGAGAAUGCCGGUAGUGGCACAAGUCAGGCAGCCCUUCAAGCUUUCCUGGAGGCCACUCUGCAGGACAUUCGGGCCGCACACCGCAGCCGAGAGCAACAGCUGGCCCAAGCUGCCCGGGCCUACCGCAAGCGCCUGGCAGAUGUGAACCAGAGGCAGGAGUUGCUGCUAACCUCCUGCAGGGCUACUUUUGCAACAUCCAUCAACCUGGAGCCAUUACCCAUGCACUGGGCCACUGAACUCAGCCACCCAAGGGAGACCGAGUAUGGCCGACAUAGGACACUGCUGCUGUACCCAGAGAAGGGAUCUGGUGACACUUCCAAGGAGGACAAGUCACAGCCACUGGCUCUGGACACUGCAUCCUGGGCCCAAAUCCAGCAGAAGCUGCAGGACUUCUCUCGGGAUACUCAGGCAGGGCUAGAACAGGAACGGGCGCGGCUGAUGGUCCGGGCCACCAUGGCCGAGCAGCAGCUCUCUGAGCUACAGGACUAUGUGGACCAGCACUUGGGCAGGUACAAGCAGGAAAUCCUGAAACUGAGGAAGUUGGUGAAUACAGGAGAUCCCCAAGGAGAAGCUGUCCCUUCCACUAGGCCUCGGCGCCCAAGGACUCGGAGUCACUAGCUAGUCUGCCAGAAAAAGCUCAAAUCAAAUCUCUUCACAGCCAGCAUGGAAGCCCCUGGAAGCCCAUCCCAGGAAGUGAUUCCCGGAACAAAUAAAAGUCAGGAUUGGCCGGGCAAUGGUGGUGCACACCUUUAAUCCCAGCACUUGGGAGGCAGAGGCAGGUGGAUUUCUGAGUUCGAGGCCAGCCUGGUCUACAGAGUGAGUUUCAGGACAGCCAGGGCUACACAGAAAAACCCUGGCUCAAAAAAACCAAAACAGAACAAAACA